AUGGCCGAGUACUCGGUCUACCAAAGGGGAGCCGGCCAGACCUUCUACCCGCAACACGCACAGAACAUACGAACCCUCCCCAACCGAGUGCGGUCGCCCACUACUAGCGGCCGCAUACCCUUCAACAACCCCGAUACGCCCUCCCCCUCGCGAUCUCCCGUACGUUCGUCUCCACAGCAGUUCGGCAUGUUCAACCAAGGCCACGGGCACCAGUCCCACAACGUUAUGCUGAAUGGACGCGGCGGCCAGCAGAACUAUGCUAUGCAAAUGAAUCUCGGCAAGCCCUUCCAACACAACCAGCACCAUCACCAACAUCACCAGCAUCACCAAGAACAAACUGGCAUCAACCAUGGCGGACAAUACAACCACCAGCACAACAUCUCGAGCGGGGGAAUGUCCAAUGUGCAGCCUAACUUCACGCCGAGCCAUCUCCAGAAUGGCACACCUGGCAGCGUCACUAGCGGGCUUAGCAAGCCGCCCAACGAGCAUUGGGCAGAGCAGUUGCGCAUGGCGCAGAUUGCGCGUGAGAUGACACAGUCGCACUCGCACGCUCGCAUCCACCCGAGUGUUAGCAAAAGCAUUGUAGCAGGCACCACCAAUGGCAUGCAGAAAGACUCAGACAAGGAAGAGCGCAAUAGGCCUGCAGCUCAGCGUGUAGAGGAUGCCAAGGAGAGCCACAUCUGGACUAUCCUGGAUUUUGGCGGACAGAAUCUGAAAGUCAUCACACCUGCACUGUUCAACUACACCUUCCUCACUAAGCUCUACGUCAAUUGCAACAAGCUUACUUACAUCCACCAAAACAUCGGACAGCUACGGAACCUCACGCAUCUGGAUCUGUCUCUGAACAACCUGCAGUACUUGCCCCCGGAAAUUGGCAUGCUCGUAAACCUGAAGCAAUUGCUCCUCUUUGACAAUCAUAUCGACAAUCUUCCGUACGAACUGGGUUCCUUGUAUCAACUAGAAACGCUCGGCAUUGAAGGCAAUCCUAUCCCAGAGGAUCUAAAGCAGAUUAUCACCGAACAAGGGACAACAGAGCUCAUUAAGCAUUUCCGUGAGAAUGCGCCUGGUCCUGAAGCACCACCUGAGCGAGAUUGGAUCGUCCUCGACGAGAUUCAAGACCCAUCACAAGAGACCGUUACGGCGUUGAGCUACAACAUUCUCUGCGACAAAUACUGCACGCAGUCACAAUAUGGGUACACGCCAAGUACAGCGCUGGCCUGGGAAAACCGUAGGGAACUCAUUCUAGCCGAAUUGCGAGAACGAAAUGCAGAUAUAGUAUGUCUGCAAGAAAUCGAUCAGGACAGCUUCAACGAGUUCUUCCGGGAAGCGCUGGCUCACAAUGACUACAAGGGAGUUUUCUGGCCAAAGUCAAGAGCGCGAACCAUGGCAGAGAGAGAGGCUAAGCUUGUGGAUGGGUGUGCCAUUUUCUUCAAGAACAGCAAGUACAUUUUGCUGGAUAAACAACUCAUCGACUUUGCCAAUACCGCCAUCAACAGGCCAGAUAUGAAAGGCGAGCACGACAUCUUCAACCGCGUCAUGCCCCGCGACGACAUCGGAGUCGUUGCGUUCCUUGAAAACCGCGUGACGGGCUCAAGGUUCAUUGUCGGAAAUGUGCACGUUUUCUGGAACCCAGCAUUCACCGACGUCAAGCUUGUGCAGGUUGCCAUUUUGAUGGAAGGUAUUACCAAAUUCGCCAACAAGUGGGCAAAGUUCCCUCCUUGCAAAGACAAGGUGGUGUUUCGAUUCACAAACGGUGACAGCGAAGAAGGGAAGGAACCCGAUCCAACCCAGGAGCCAGGUCCGUCAAUGGAAUAUUCGGACGGUGCACAGAUCCCACUGUUACUGUGCGGUGACUUCAACUCACUACCUCACUCUGGUGUCUACGAGCUCAUCACACAAGGAACAAUCUCGAACGUCCAUGAGGAUCUCGGAACUCGAAAGUAUGGCAACUUUACCAGGGACGGCAUAUCGCAUCCGUUUAGUAUCAAGUCUAGCUACUCGGCGAUUGGAGAGUUGACGUUCACCAACUAUGUUCCCCACUUCCAAGGCGUCCUCGACUAUAUCUGGUACUCGACAAAUACGCUCCAGGUGGUCGGCUUACUCGGCGACAUCGACAAGGGCUACCUCCAGCGGGUUCCAGGAUUUCCAAACUACCACUUCCCCAGCGAUCAUGUCGCUCUGUAUGCGCAAUACAUUGUCAAGAGCCCGCGGAAAGAGAAGAAGGUUUCGGAAGUCGACUUUGGGCCAAGCCGAGACAGGGAUCGGAGAUCUUGA